AUGGACACGAUAACGAAGGAAAUCCAGAAGCAGCAUCCGUGGACUCUACUCUUUGCCGACGAUGUCAUGCUCGCGUCGGAGUCUCGAGAUGAUCUUCAGAAACAAGUGCAGUCUUGGAAGGAUCAGCUGCAGCAAUAUGGAUUGCGCCUCAACACAUCAAAAACUGAGUACAUGGAGUGCGGACCAAAGAUAGAUAGAGGAUGGUUCAAUUCGUGUCGAUGGCACCGAAUUAAACAAGGCGACAUUGAUCAAGAAGGUCGAGCACGUGUUAAUGCUGCAUGGAUGAAAUGGAAAAUGGCAACAGGGGUACUGUGCGACAAGAAAGUCCCUGUUCGACUGAAGUCGAAGAUCUACAGGACGGUUGUGCGUCCUGUUGCCCUUUACGGAUGCGAGUGCUGGCCGACAACGAAAGCCUUGGAAAGAGUGCUGCACGCUAUGGAGAUGCGGAUGUUGAGGUGGACGAUAGGUGUAACGCUAAAAGAGAAAGUAUCCAACGACACUGUACGUUCCAUCUUCGGCGUCGUCCCGAUAACUGAGAAGAUGAAGGAGGCGCGACUGAGAUGGUUUGGUUACGUCUUGCGGCGGGAGGAAGAUUCUGUUGCCAAAACCUCUGAAGCUCGGCGUUUCAGGAGUAGAAAUGUAUCUUUCAAUAGUUCUACUACCAAAAUUCCUGCGAAAUCCACAGGUCCAACUUCACUCAUUACUUCAGUUGUACCUAUCAACAAUGCACAAUCAAGAAGAGCGUCAGAAAGCGACGACAGUGACUUUCCUACCAUAGUCAUUGUUGCGAUAGCUAUUCAAAUCAUACUCUUCGUGAUUCUCAUUCUGCUUCUCAUUCUUCGAUGGCAACAUAAACAGCGAAAGAAAAAAUUAAAAUUAGCGUAUCAAAUUGAAAUGAUUGAAAAAGAAGAGAAACGUCGAAAAAAGAUGAAGAAAAUGGCAAAGAAGAGGAGUGGUUCUAAGCAAACAAAAACCGAUACAGAUGAGGACCAACCGAAUCUAUCGCAAGAACGGAAAAGCAGUGAUGCUAAAACCGAUGAGAUUCAACAAUCCGGAGAGCAGCCACCAGCGCCGCUUCCUAAACCACUUGGCGAACAACCUGAAAAUAUGGACGACUAUGAGAUGGUCGGCAAAACAUUCUGA